AUGAGUUUUACUACAAAAAUGAAUUUUGAUUUUACAGGAAAAGUUGUGUUAACUACCGGUUCAAGUGGAGGUAUUGGUGCCGGUAUUGCCAAACUUUUUGCACAAUUGGGCGCUUAUGUAGUAAUCACUGGCAGAAAUACCGAUAAAAUACAAAGUGUUGCCAAUGAAUGUCAACAAUUAUCACCAAAAAACUUAAAGCCGUUACAAGUGGUGGCCGACAUCUGCAAAGACAAUGAAUUACAGGAUUUAUUGACAAAGACUAUAGAAAAAUACGGACAGUUGGAUGUGUUGGUCAACAACGCCGGCAUUGCAGUGAUGGCACCGAUAACACUGCCUAACUUUAUGCAGGUGUACGACACCGGUAUAUCGGCUAACUUGAGACCACAUGUUCAGCUCAGUCAUCUGGCAGUACCAUAUUUACAGAAAACUAAUGGCAAUAUUAUCAAUAUAUCUGGCAUCAUAUCACUGGCGCCGAUGAAAUACUCGUUGCCAAUGUCUAUAUCAAAAGCGGGUAUUGAUAUAAUGACACGUGUUUUGGCAUUAGAGUUGGGACCUAAUAUACGAGUCAAUGCAAUCAAUUCAGGUUAUGUAAAAACCGAUAUCGGAAAUGAUUUGGAUCCUACAAUAGCUCAAGCAUUAGUUAAACAGGCUAUAGACAGAACACCUAUGAAACGUGUGGGACAACCCCAGGACAUUGCACAGGGAGUGGCCUAUUUGGCCAGUGAUCAGGCACAGUUUGUUACCGGUGCCAAUUUUGUCAUCGAUGGCGGUAUUGUUCAUAAUGCCGGCGGAAUGGUUUAA